GCNCUCCCCCACCCCACCCUCCGCCCCCCGCCCCGUACUAAGGCUCCCAGCCCGCCGCGCUCUGCUCACUGGCCGUGCGUCCCAGCCAGCUAAUCGUCCCCGCCGAGCCUCGGGCCAAGGUUUCAACAGACCUCACCAAAAUGCCGUCUCAAAUGGAACACGCCAUGGAAACCAUGAUGUUCACGUUUCACAAGUUUGCUGGGGAUAAAGGCUACUUAACAAAGGAGGACCUGAGAGUGCUCAUGGAAAAGGAGUUCCCUGGAUUUUUGGAAAAUCAAAAAGACCCUCUGGCUGUGGACAAAAUAAUGAAGGACCUAGACCAGUGCCGAGACGGCAGAGUGGGCUUUCAGAGCUUCUUCUCGCUAAUCGCCGGGCUCACCAUCGCGUGCAAUGACUAUUUUGUAAUACACAUGAAGCAGAAGGGAAAGAAGUAGGCAAUACCGAGCAAUACUCCCGCCCAAUGAGAGUUCUCCCAAAGGGUCUCUUUUGGAAUCCGUCCCACAGCUUCCCCCUGUAUAAAGGAUUCCAUGAGCAGAUCAGGACCCUCCAAAAAUGUACAAAUAAAAUCCAGCCCCCAUUUGAGAAGCAGAGAAAGAGAAGUCAGAUAAGCUUUUGAUUUUUAUAUUGCUUGCAUCCUCUUGCCCCCAAUAAACAAGUUCCUUUUUUAGUUCCUCACUUGA